AUGCUGGACUUUAUGGACUACAUCCAGCUAUCCUUCGCCGAGGCGACCCACUGGAAUCGCGACAACUCGUACUCGUCACUCAACACCACCGCUCAAUCGAUCCUGGACUUCUCGACCCCCGAACGAUUGCGCGUUCACCUUUCGUCACUGUCCACUCCCCAUUUUGCGACCAGUUACACACUCGGCACCGUUGGAUUGCUCGAUGGAUCUGUGUCAUAUCUAUUUAGUACUGUGCCAUUCGACAAUCUACCGAGUGGAAGUGCGUCAAUCCCGCUUCGAAAGAUAUCCCCAGGAUACCGACAAGUGCAGGCCCCCGCGGCCCCCAUCGAGACCUGGGGAUGGGACUCGCUAUUAGACGGCGUGAGCAUUCCCGGGCUCACAAAUGGAAGUCGCCCAGAACCACCAAUUCCUAAAGAUGAAGAAAGUAUCAAAGAAAGUGAGGCAAAGCGGAAAGCUACUCUUCUCCAUGCUUCUCUCCAUCUUCCACCUCCCUCCACUCUAUAUGCGCUCUUUCUGCGCAGAAUCUCUUCCAAUAUGCAGCUGUCGCUAGCUGUCUGCUCAACUCAGGGACCGCCGCAAUCUAAAUCCGCGCCACAGGCUUCAAUGCUCACCCAGCUAUCCCAUGACACGGGCAAGUACAGUAAUGAGUAUCUCUUCAGCACAGACAACGCCCUGUUCGGUUGGCGCGGACUCUGGAACUUCGGCCCAGAUCCUCGAUACACUCGCGACGUCCCGCCGCCAUUAUCCCUCCUUUCCGCGGGCGCAGAGGCAUACUAUUCCCCUAUCUCAUCGCUGAUCGGCAUGUCAACCGGCCUACGGUUCACCACAUUACCGGCAGCCACAGAGAUCCCGCCAUCAUCAUCACCUUCCAGCACCAGAACACCCAUCUCAACCUUCCCCUACACUCUAACACUAACAUUGGCCCCAAUCGUGGGCUCUUUAUCUACAACCUACUCCCUCCGCGCGUCGCCUAAUCUCGCCUUCAGUUCACGCUUCGGCUUUAACGUCUACAGCUGGGAAAGCGAAAUGGUCGCUGGCUGCGAGCUAUGGCGUCGAACUAAGAAAUCCGACUCCUCCAAUGAUGAUGAUCUCGAAUGGGCCCGCCGCAAAAUGCGCAUGCAUGACUUCGGCGUUUCCCUGCCUGGCUCACCGGCUUCCCCGCUCCUGAGAGGACCCGGCUCGCCCCGAGGGCCCGGUGAGCUCCAACGUGCACACCGAGGCCGAGACGAGUGA